AUGAAGUUAAUCCACGUGCUAAGCAUAGCGGCGACUGUAAUGUACCCUACAACAGCAUUUUGGCCCUUUGAUUCGGGGGAUUCAUCUUCUUCAUCGUCAGCCACAGAAACAACGGGGGAUAACUCGCCAACUGCAACCUCAUCUGGCGAUGGUGAAGCAUGGUAUCAAACAUUGUUAAGCGGGUUCGGCAUAGGAGGUGGCGAUGAAAGUGGAAGUAGUGCUAGCGGCUCAGCUACGGAAACAGGCGCAGCAGCUACCGAUGACUCAAACCCAUACGCUCCUUACAAUGCGACGUGCCCUUCUGGUCCUUUACUUAGAGAGGCUACAAAGAUCUCAGAUAACGAGGAAAAUUACAUUGAGAAAAGACAUGAAAUUACGAAUGAAAAUUUAAUAAGCUUCCUCAAACGUGCCGACAUUUCGGGCUUUGAUCCGGAGUCAUUUGUCAAUGAUAAUGCCGAUGAGCACAAUAUCACAAUAGGCUUAGCGUUUAGUGGAGGUGGAUAUAGAGCAAUGCUUUGUGGGGCAGGACAGUUACUCGCCACGGAUGGUCGAUUUCCAGAUUCCAACGACCACGGGGUCGGUGGGCUUCUACAGGCAGCUACGUACUUGACGGGUUUAUCUGGUGGUAACUGGUUAGUAGGGAGUUUAGUGAUGAAUAAUUGGCUUUCUGUGGGUGAUAUCGUUAAUGGUACUUCAGACAUUUGGCAACUUGAAGACUCGAUUUUGAAUCCUAGCGGUAUUCGAAUUGACAAAACCAUAGCUUACUAUUAUGGCUUGCGACAAGCAGUGUUAGCAAAACUGGGUGCGGGAUUUGAUACAUCAAUCACCGAUAUUUGGGGUAGAGCACUUUCGCAUCAAUUUUUUGAAGAUGAAAGUGGCGGUGAAAAUGUUACAUGGUCCAGCGUGCGUAAUAUGUCACACUUUGAGGAUCAUACAAUGCCGUAUUUUUUGGUUGUUGCAAAUGGGAGACAACCCAAUACCUUGAUUAUAAAUGAAAAUAGUACGGUGGUGGAAAUUUCUGCGUACGAAUUGGGAUCAUGGGACAAUUCAUUAAAAGCGUUCACAGAUGUGGAGUAUUUGGGAUCCAGUGUUGAUGGCGGCAACCCAAACAAUUCCAAUGUUUGCGUGAAAAACUUUGACAAUUCAGGCUAUAUUAUGGGCACAUCAUCAUCAUUGUUCAACCAAAUUGUUCUUCAGUUGGGUAAUUAUGAUAUAAACAGUGUUAUCAAAUCCAUUUUGACCGAUUUGUUGAUGGACUUAAGUUACGAGCAAGCUGAUAUAGCUGCAUAUUCGCCAAAUCCAUUUUUUGGGUCACCAUACGGGAACUCAUCCGAUAUAGCUAACAAUGAUACCUUGUUUUUGGUGGAUGGUGGAGAAGAUCUUCAAAAUGUUCCGUUUUAUCCAUUGAUCCAAAAUACUAGAGAUGUUGACGUAAUUUUUGCCUUUGACAAUUCCGCAGAUACUGAUGAUGCUUGGCCCAAUGGAACAUCCAUUAUGGAAACAUACAAAAGACAGUUUUCUGUUCAAGGGAAGGGUACGCCUUUCCCAUUUGUUCCUGAUGUUGAAGGUUUUCUUGAUGAAAAUCUUCAUUCGAAACCAGUAUUUUUUGGCUGCAAUGCUUCGGAGUUGGAUAGUUUGAUUGCAUGGCACGGAAAUAAAGACAUCAAUUCAACUGAUGUGCCACUAGUUGUUUACAUUUCAAACUUUAACCAGUCGUAUUUUUCGAACUUUUCAACAUUUAAGCUUUCCUAUAAAGAUGAAGAGAAAUGGGGCACUAUACAAAAUGGCUUUGAAGUGAUGUCGAGGAAUAAUUUGACAGAUGACUCAGAGUGGCUCACUUGUGUAGGAUGUGCUAUUAUCAGAAGACAGCAAGAACGAUUUGGCCAGGAGCAAAGUGAUGAUUGUAAAAAAUGCUUUGACGAGUAUUGCUGGACUGGAGGCCCAUCAAAAGCGGCUGCUGUUUCAAGUGUAGGCCAAUUGAGCGAAAUUACAGGAAUAAAUACUGAUACGUCAUCUACAGCCACGAGUACCGCAACCUCAGGUUCAGGUUCAGGUUCAGGCUCAGGCUCAGGUUCAGGACCAAGCUCUUCAUCGAGCUCUAGUUCUACUUCUAGCAAACACAAUGAAGGAUUGCCGCUCAAUGCCCCAUCAUCUUAUAUUUUGGUGAUAGCUAAUUUGAUUUUUGGAGCCGUUAUUGCAUAUUUAUAG